AUGACCUCAAUUGGUACUGGUUACGAUCUUUCCAAUAGUGUUUUUUCCCCAGAUGGUAGAAAUUUUCAAGUGGAGUAUGCAGUCAAAGCCGUCGAGAACGGUACCACAUCAAUCGGUAUAAAGUGUAACGAUGGUGUAGUUUUUGCAGUGGAGAAACUCAUUACUUCUAAACUGCUAGUUCCACAGAAAAAUGUUAAGAUUCAAGUCGUAGACCGUCAUAUCGGUUGCGUUUAUUCAGGUUUGAUUCCUGAUGGUAGGCACCUGGUUAAUCGUGGUCGUGAGGAAGCCGCCAGCUUCAAAAAGUUGUAUAAAACGCCCAUUCCCAUUCCCGCAUUUGCAGACCGUCUAGGACAAUACGUGCAAGCACACACUUUAUAUAAUAGUGUUAGACCGUUUGGGGUGAGUACCAUCUUUGGUGGUGUAGAUAAAAAUGGUGCACAUCUUUACAUGUUGGAACCAAGUGGCUCUUAUUGGGGCUAUAAGGGUGCUGCUACUGGGAAAGGCAGACAAUCCGCAAAAGCUGAAUUGGAAAAAUUAGUCGACCAUCACUCACAAGGUCUUACAGCUAGAGAGGCUGUUAAGCAAGCCGCAAGGAUUAUCUACUUGGCACACGAGGACAACAAAGAAAAGGACUUCGAAUUAGAGAUAAGUUGGUGUUCACUAUCGGAAACAAACGGUCUGCACAAGUUUGUUAAGGGUGAUCUGCUACAGGAAGCCAUCGAUUUCGCCCAAAAGGAGAUCAACGGUGAUGAUGAUGACGACGAAGAUGACAGCGAUAAUGUCAUGUCCAGUGAUGAUGAGAACGCUCCAGUGGCUACGAAUGCAAACGUUACCACAGACCAAGAGGGUGAUAUUCACCUAGAAUAG